UUCUAAGCCGGAGUAUCGUUUCCCCUGAUUGCGCUCUUUUCAUUGUUGUUCCACAGUCUGAGAGAAUAUGCUGCUGAAAUGUCAUCUACAAACGUCGAGUUGUAUUUAAGUUAAUAAAUAGACAAUUUGUAAUCAAAACAAUAUGCCAUUCGGGAUGAAGCCUGUGUGUACUUCUUGUAAGUCGACAUCUUCGACAAUGUGGCGCAAAGGAAGCCAAGGAGAAAUCCUUUGUAAUUCUUGUGGUGUCAAGUCCUGCAACAAAGACAACCCAGACGGUUCCGCCGGCAGCGCGGCCAAUUCUAGUAAAAACUCUACUUCUCAUUCCUCAUCUGCAGGACCAGUCCUUAGGAAAAGUUCCCGUAUUCGUCCGACCAAAAAUCGGAUACAGACAACAUCGAAAUCGCUCGGGACCAAAGGCAAAAGUCGACGAAAUAUUUUUAAGAAAACGCAUCCAAUCAAAGCACCAACAGCUGUAUCCACCAUUGUGUCAGGGGACAGUGUUUUCUACAAUGGUUUGUACUAUCAGGUCGGAGAUAUAGUUUCCCUCCUUGAUGACGAUGGACAGUCUGUAUACUAUGCACAAUUACGAGGUUUGUUACAAGAUCAGUACAAUGAAAAGAGUGCAGUUAUUUCCUGGCUGCUUCCUACACAGUCGAGCCCCAAAAAUCGCUUUGAUCCCAGCACAUAUAUCUUAGGACCAGAAGAAGAUUUGCCACGCAAGUUGGAGUUUAUGGAAUUUGUAUGCCACGCCCCAUCUGAUUAUUACAAGUGCUUCAAGCAGCCGUACCCUUGCAUGACGAACACCCCUGAACUCAGCUACGUCUGGAGCCCUUUCCAACCUUGCAUUCGCAUUGUGCCAUCGAAAGAUGAGAUAUUCGGCACUAAACACUGUCCCAAAAAGACCGAGAAGUUGAAACCCGAUAAAAAAGACAAACACACAGACAAAGAGAAAGAAACCAAUUAGAUUAUUAUGUAGAAAUAAAGAAUUCUUUUCAUUUUAAUUUUUAGUAAAA